AUGAAACGUAUUGUUGAUGAUUUAAACGAUGAAUAUAAACACGAUCGUCAAACGGUAAUUGAAACAAGUGAAAAAAUGAUGACAAAUGUAGAUUUAGCUGAUAUUGAUUCACAUUUAGAAGAACAAUUAAAUUAUGGAAAAUCUUGUAGAAUAUUAUAUUUAAAACAAAUAUAUGAAGUUAUUUUAUGGUGUUUAUAUAGUUAA